GGAGAGGAGCAGGAGAAAGCCGGCCACGACAACGCCGACAACAUCGCCAACAACCAAUCGAAGCCAAGGCGAAGUAAACGCUCUCUCAUUAGCUAACUGGAGAAGUGGCCUCCUGCAUGUGUGUGGCAGACGCUGUGAGAGCGCAAUCGAAAGUGCAAGAGAGCAACGCUGCAAAGGCAACGGAGAGGCAACGUGGAGAGGCGAGCGCGCGCUGCUGCUGCUGUUUGGCGUCAUCUUAUGAUGUCAUCAGAGGAGUACGACGCGGACUGUUUUGGUUUGUACAGCGAUGAGAACGAUGUUCUGCUAAAGGCAACGGCAACCACAUUGGAGGCAGAGGCUGAGUGUAAGCUGCAACCCCCACAGCAGGCAAAGAGCGUAGCGAUUGCGCUGCCACCACCACCAACGCCGCAGCCACUGCAGGCAAGCAACGGCAACGGCAGCGGCAUCGGUCGCACAACACCAACACAGACAAACGGUAGCGACGACGCGGCGAACUGCGGCGAAAACGUUAGCGAAGCGGAGAAGCAUUGCAAAGGCAGAGCCAGCGACUCGGACGACGACGGUAACGACGAGGGCGACUCUGACUCGGACGACGUCGUCGUAAUCGAAGGCAACAACGGCAAGGCGACCGCGAUAGCAGCGGCAGCACCAACCAACAGUAACCGCCGCAGUCGCAGUCGCAGUCGUAGUAGUCGCCGUAACGCACUCAAACGACAAAUCAGUCAGUCUACGGCCGUCGGCAAGACAACAACGUGCGCGGCUAAAAAACCGUUGACUACAGCGACAACAUCAAGCAAAGUUGCCAGCAAUUGUAACAGUAGCAACAUUAACUCGAAUUCGAACUUAGUGAGAAGUCGUCGCACGCGCACGCGAUCCUUGAGCAAAGACAGUAACAAUAUUAGUAACAGUAACAGUAAUUUGAAUAGUAACAGUGUUUGUAAUAGUGUUAACAAUAACAGCUGCAGCAACGGCGGCGCAACGGCAACCGCUGCCUUCAUGAGUAGCGCUGCUGCGGCUGCUGCGGGUGCCGCUGGUGGUGCACUCUACACUAACAACAACAUUACCAACAACAACAAUAACAACAGCAAUAACAAUAACAGCAACAUCACGAGCAACUCAAACCUAAGCCCAACAGCAGCAACAAUUGCCACAACAGCAGCAGCAACAACAGCAACUGCUUUAUCCGGCUCCAGUUCGCCGGGCUCCGUAAAUUCGGCAUCAUCGCUGCUUAGCGCAGCCUUUGGCAAUCUAUUUGGCGGCUCCUCGGCGAAAAUGUUAAACGAGCUGUUCGGGCGGCAAAUGAAGCAGGCCCAGGAUGCCACCAGUGGGCUGCCACAGAGUCUCGACAAUGCCAUGUUGGCAGCGGCCAUGGAAACGGCCACGAGUGCCGAUCUGCUGAGCGCUGCUGGGCUGGUCAGCAGUUUAAAUACCAGCAAAUUGCUCAAUAAUAAUAAUAACAACAACAACAAUACGCCGCUCAGCAACGGCAACAACAACAACAACAAUGCUUCUAUAUCGCCAGGAUCGGCUCACUCGUCCACUACCAAAGGUGGCAGCAGCCGGCGUGUGUCCAACUGCAGCGAUCGCUCGCUGGAUGGUAAUCUGGCAGCAGCAGCAACAACAGCAGCAGCAGAUGUUGCUGGUGGCUCGCCGCCGCGUGCGGCUUCGGUAAGUUCGUUGAAUGGUGGCGCCAGCAACACCAACGAGCAGCAGCAACUGCAACAUGAUUUGGUGGCGCAUCACAUGUUGCGCAAUAUACUGCAGGGCAAAAAGGAGCUGAUGCAGCUCGAUCAGGAGCUGCGCACAGCCAUGCAGCAACAGCAACAGCAACAACAGCAGCAGCAAAAUCAUGAGAAGCACCAACAGGAGCUGCACUCCAAGCUCAAUAACAACACUACCACCAACAACAACAACAACGUCGUCUCAGAGAGCAUCAAUUUGAUUGAGGACAGCGAAAUGCCAGAGAUUAAAAUCAAAAGUGAGCCUGAGCUAAUGGCAUCAACAACACAGGCGCCGCAUUCCCCACAUGGCGGCAGCAGCCGCAGCCACAGCAGCAACAGCAGCAGCAGCCACAGCCACAACAGCAGCAACAACAGCAUCGCAAGCAAUGGCAGCCUGAGACGCAAAUCCUCCGAUUCACUGGACAGCAUGCAGCGAGAAGAGCGUGCCACGCCUGCGACUACAGUUGAGCCACGGCUCCAGAAUGAGGUGCUGCCGACGAAAAAGGAAGCCGUGGAUGAUAUGCUGGACGAGGUGGAGCUGUUGGGCCUGUCUGGCCAUGGGCAUUCGCGGAACUCUGAUCUGGAAUCGCUGGCAUCGCCGAGUCACUCGGACAUGUUGCUGCUGGACAACAGCAAGGACGAGGUGCUGGACAACGACGACAUAAUCGAGGAUGAUGAGGACGACGAUGAUGACGACGAUGAUUGCAUUGAGACAAAACGUGAGUCCAACACCAGCAGCUCCAACUGCCUCAAGAAACCCGGCAUGGAGCUAAAGCGAGCCCGCGUCGAAAACAUUGUGUCCAGCAUGCGCUGCAGUCCCUCCGCAACGGCCCAGGCUGGCCAGUUGCAGGUGAAUGGCUGCAAGAAGCGCAAGCUAUAUCAGCCCCAACAACAUGCCAUGGAGCGAUAUGUGGCCGCAGCGGCGGGUCUCAAUUUUGGUCUGAAUCUGCAAAGCAUGAUGCUCGACCAGGAGGACAGCGAAUCCAAUGAGCUGGAAUCGCCGCAGAUACAGCAAAAGCGCGUGGAGAAGAAUGCGCUGAAGUCACAGCUGCGUUCCAUGCAGGAACAGCUGGCCGAGAUGCAACAAAAAUAUGUGCAGCUGUGCACGCGCAUGGAGCAGGAGUCCGAGUGCCAGGAGCUGGACAACGAUCACGAACAGGACAUGGACAGCAUGGAGCAAGAACAGGAACAGGAACAGGAGCAGGAGCCAGAGCCGUUGCAGCAACAAAACGAUGACAUCGAGCUCUCCCACUCGCCCACGCUCAGCGAAUCCACGCCCAAGGAGUCAGCGGAACGUGCCGGCUCCAGUUCGCCCACAUUGAAGCCACAGAGCAGCAGCAGCAAUAAGAGCAGCAGCGACAAUGUUGCUGCCACCACGCCCAAUAUGCUCACACAGAUGAUGUCCAAAAUGAUGUCCAGCAAGCUGCAGCAUCAGCACAAUCCGCUGGUGGGCGUCGCGCAUCCAGCACUGCCCCAGGGCUUUCCGCCACUGCUGCAACAUAUGGGUGACAUGUCGCAUGCGGCUGCCAUGUACCAGCAAUUCUUCUUCGAGCAGGAGGCGCGCAUGGCCAAAGAAGCUGCCGAGCAACAGCAGCAACAGCAGCAGCAGCAACAGCAACAGCAGCAACAACAGCAACAGCAGCAACAGCAACAGGAACAGCAGCGUCGCUAUGAGCAGGAGCAGGAGCAGCAGCGACGCAAGGAAGAGCAACAACAGCAACUGCAUCGCCAGCAACAACAUUUGCAACAGUUGCAGCAACAGCAGCAGCAGAUGGAGCAUCAUGUUGCCGCUGCUGUGCCACGCGUUCAGCUGCAUCCUCCCGCCCGCCUCCCCACACGCAUGGGCGGCGCUGCUGCUGCUGCUGCUGCUGCCGCACAUAGUGUGCUCAAGUCCGAGCUAUCCGAGAAGUUUCAAAUGCUGCGCCACAAUAAUAACAGCUCCAUGAUGCGCAUGUCCGGCACCGAUUUGGAGGGCCUGGCCGAUGUGCUCAAAUCAGAAAUAACUACAUCGCUGUCCGCUCUGGUGGACACAAUUGUCACACGUUUUGUGCAUCAGCGUCGCCUGUUCAGCAAACAGGCGGAUUCGGUAACGGCGGCCGCCGAGCAGCUCAACAAGGAUCUGAUGCUGGCCUCCCAGAUACUCGAUCGCAAAUCGCCGCGCACCAAAGUCGUCGCCGAUCGCGGACACAGCGGCAACAGCGGCCAUCCGGGCGCCCAGAACGGUCCGACGCCAGCAACACAAUCAGGUAAUAAUGGUUCAAUACUAUUAGCUAAUAGUCAGCAGGCGUGUCAGGGUCAGGGCAACAGCAGCAGUGCUGUCAAUGCAAAUCAGCAGCAGCAACAACAACAGCAUCAACUUGCACAGCAGCAGCAGCAGCAACAACAGACCGCACAGCAGCUACAACAGCAACAGCAGCAACAACAGCAGCAACAGCAGCAACAACAGCCGCCACAGCCGCAACAUGCCCUAAAUCAAUCGCAAGUUAUGUCUGCCAUGGCAGCUGCGCAGCAGCAAUUGCCAAAUUGCCAGCAGCUGAUUGCUGCUCCCCGUCUCAAUGGCAAUCAAUUGUCGUUUGCCUCACCCGCGGCCGCUGCUGCCGCCGCCAUGGGCUUGCAAAUGCAUCAUGCUGCCGCCGCGGCUGCCAUGCAGCAGCAGCAGCAACAGCAACAGCAGCAACAGGCUGGUGAGGCGGCUGUUGCUGGCGGCAAUGCGGUCAAUACUGUUAACCAAACGAAUGCAACUAACAAUAGCUUAAGUUCACUUAAUAUACCACCACCUCACAUACGUCCCUCGCCCACAGCGGCGGCCAUGUUUCAGGCGCCCAAAACGCCCCAGGGCAUGAAUCCGGUAGCUGCGGCUGCGCUCUACAAUUCGAUGGCAAGUCCCUUCUGCCUGCCGCCCGAUCAACAGCAACAACAGCAGCAGCAACAGGCCGUACAGCAGCAACAGCAACAGGCCGCGCAACAGCAGCAUCAGAGCGCCCAACAAACCCAACAACAGCUGGAGCAGAAUGAGGCCUUGAGCCUGGUGGUGACACCCAAGAAGAAACGACAUAAGGUUACCGAUACACGCAUCACGCCGCGUACCGUCAGCCGCAUAUUGGCUCAGGAUGGCGUUGUGCCGCCUAGUGGACAGGCAGCUGCCGCAGCAGUUGCUGCCGCUCAACAACAACAACAGCAACAGCAGCAGCAGCAGCAACAGCAGCAACAACAGAGCAGCAAUGGUAGCAGCAACAACAACAACAAUGCAACGCCCGCACAGAGCCCAACGGGUCGCGGCCAGGCCGCAGGCACAUAUCAUCCACCGCCACCACCACCACCACCCAUGAUGCCAGUGUCUUUGCCCACCUCGGUGGCCAUACCAAAUCCAUCGCUGCACGAAUCCAAAGUCUUUUCGCCGUAUAGUCCAUUCUUCAAUCCGCAUGCGGCGCCGGGUCCACACGGUCCGCCACAUGGCGGUCAGCCCACAGCUGCACAGUUGCACCACCAGCACCACCAUCAGAUGCAGCUUUCAUCGAGUCCGCCAGGCAGUCUGGGCGCAUUGAUGGAUUCGCGCGACUCACCGCCACUGCCACAUCCGCCAACGAUGCUCCAUCCCGCUCUUUUGGCAGCUGCCCACCAUGGCGGCUCACCGGACUACAAGACCUGCCUGCGAGCCGUCAUGGAUGCUCAGGAUCGGCAGUCCGAGUGUAACUCGGCCGACAUGACAUUCGAUGGCAUGCAGCCUACUUCUUCUACAUUGACACCGAUGCACCUGCGCAAGGCCAAGCUGAUGUUCUUCUGGGUGCGCUACCCGAGCUCAGCGGUGCUCAAGAUGUACUUUCCGGACAUAAAGUUCAACAAAAAUAAUACAGCACAAUUGGUGAAAUGGUUCUCGAAUUUUCGAGAAUUCUACUACAUACAAAUGGAGAAAUAUGCACGACAAGCUGUCACUGAAGGCAUCAAGACACCCGAUGAUCUGUUGAUUGCUGGAGAUAGUGAAUUAUAUCGCGUGCUCAAUUUGCACUACAAUCGCAAUAAUCACAUUGAGGUACCCCAAAAUUUUCGCUUUGUGGUCGAACAGACACUGCGUGAAUUUUUCCGUGCAAUACAGGGUGGCAAAGACACCGAGCAAUCGUGGAAGAAAUCUAUAUACAAAAUAAUCUCACGCAUGGACGAUCCCGUGCCCGAAUACUUCAAGUCGCCGAAUUUUUUAGAGCAACUGGAAUAAGUGGAGGAGUUGGCUAUGCCAACGAUGCCACCACCCCAGAAUCAACCUACGAACCCUGCUACGACUACCACAACAACAACUGCAACAACAGCAAUGCCGAAAGCGAAGCGAAAACAAAAGUUAAAAAGUUAAAUCUACGGAAGAAAUACAACUGGAUAUAAUGCAUAUAUAACAUUUGUAUUAUGUGCACACUCACACCAAAGAGGCAACACUUUUCUUAGGUAUUCCCCGGAUUUUUCUUUUGGCCUGUCGUCGAAAAUGAAUAGAAUAACCACAACCACAAGAAAGAAAUCAAUUUGCAAUCGGAAAUAUUUCUGUAGAGCCGUAAAAUAUUUUUUUUUAAAUUUCGCAAAAUGCCGUCGUCGCUCCCUGGAGCUAAACAAAAACAACAAAAUACACAAUAAUAGGCGAAAGUCGCAUUAGGUUUAAUGCAACAGCAAAAUCAAAUAAAAACACACUUACACACACACAAUAUAUAUAUAAACAUGCCUCAGCCUAAAACGUGAGCGCUGAAAAGUAUGCAACGCUUUUGAUCAUCUACCAAAUGUUGUCCCAUCAAAAGAAAAAGAACAAGAAAUAUAGUGCAAAUUUAAAACCUGAGCCGGUAAAGACACCAGCACUCUCACACUUACACAUUCACACACACACACACACACACACACACAUAAACGCAUACACUACAAUUGUAUCUAUACAGAGUGUAAACUGUACUCUGACCGUUGGGGUUGCUAGUUGAAAUUUUUUAAAAAAUAUUUUUACUAUACGUUUAUAUUACAAAUACAUACAUAGUUGAGCAAUCUAUUAAUCUACCGAAAGUUGACACACAUUCCAAAGACACAAUCUAAUCAUAAACAAACACAUACACACACACUUUUACACUUCGGUACAGUUUUCGCAGGAAUUUAGAGUGUGUUUUUCCAGCCGAUUGAAAAGUUCUUUGCAGCUGGAGCUGUUACUGAUCCAAUUGCAGACAAACUUUUCUGAACGUCUUUUAGGCGGCAGUGUUGCACAAGCUUUAAAAAAGUGUAAUGCAAUGUUGUCGUAAGAACAUAAAAUAAAUUAACCAAGUUCAGGUUGCUUAUUUCCUUUUAACAUUAAGCACAAUUCAAUGUCUAUAAAAAAGCAAAAAAAAAAAAAAAAACAAAAAAAAAACAAAAGAAAAUUAAUCAAGAAAAACGUAUAAAUUCGCGAGUAGUAUUUACAAUGAAAAAACUAAUAAUAAUUUGUAUUAGCAGCGGGCGUUAGGGUAGUUAAAUUUAUUUAAUGUUAUGCAAAAAAAUACGACCAAAGUUUAUUGUUAAUGUGCUAAAUUUUAAUGCGAUUUUUUAUUUUAAAUCAUGGCCCAUCUUUAAAUAAAAAUUU